AUGCCCUCCUCCGCUUACCUAACUUUGCUCCCCAUCCGAUCCAACACGGAUCCCACCACAUCCCCUCGAACGACCACCCCUCAAGCGGCUCUCCACUCGUCCGCGCGUUCCUCCCUCUCGGACGUCCCUCACGCGUCCUACGACCUUUCAAUGGACUACGGACCCCAAGACGAUGGCCACGAGGGAGGGGAAGAUUUAUUCUCCAGUAACCAAAGCAAUGACAAAAGUCCAGAGCGACCUGGUCGUACAGUUCCGUCACGAACGGGUCGAGGCAGGGCUCGAGCGCUUUCGAUCGCGUGCAGUUCCCCCCAUCUGGGGAAAAGGAACGGCGACGAUGCGGAACGGUCAGCCUCCGACGAUGAAGCCUAUUCCUAUGCCCUACGACCGGAGGAAGAAGCCGAAGACGAAGAAGACGACGAGAUUGACGGCUUGGAGAUGACGCGCCUCAGUUCGACGACGACCUCUACGCGGGAGUCGCAGAGGGGGGAUCAAAUGUCGAAUAAGAGGAAGGAUUACUUGAGGAGUCGGUUUCAACCUUUGACGUAUCAUGAAAUGGGGUGGAUGGGCGUGACUGCGCUGGUCGUGCUCGUGCUCAGCGCGGCGGCGGUCGUGCUCGCGGCGAUUGGAUGA